UGAAACUAGAAAGUCAAGGCGAUGGAAAACGAGAGUGAUCGAGUCAGCUGUGAAGAAAACGAAACCUUUUAAUACGCCCGGUCUCCUUCACAGCUCACACAUCACUGAGGCCGAGUCUGGAUACGAGGUGGAUGAAGCGACCUUCUGGUUCGGCGUAAACCUUAUAUACACCCUUGCAGCUCCACUAAAGUAAAGAAGUAAGGUCUGGACACCAUCCAAGGCUCAACUACAUUUGGGAAGUAUCUUACAUCUGCAAUGUCACCAAGGAAUUCCAAGACAGUGGAAGAACUUGCUAACAGCCUAAACUUACACUAUGAGGACAAGGUGCGCCCCUGCAUCGAUCUUGUGGACUCCCUCAGGUUGCUAGGAGUGGAGAAGGACCUGCACUUGCCAGCUAUUGCUGUCAUUGGUGAUCAGAGCUCAGGAAAAAGCUCUGUGUUGGAAGCACUUUCAGGGGUUGCAUUACCUAGAGGCACAGGUAUUGUGACUCGCUGCCCUUUGGUGCUGAAACUAAAGAGAGUUGAACGAGGUGUCUCAUGGUCUGGACGACUGGCCUACCAGAACAAAGUACAGAACCUUCUCAAACCAGAUGAUGUGGGACAUGCUGUAGCAAAUGCUCAAAAUUCCUUGGCUGGAAAUGGAAAGGGAAUCAGCCAUGAGAUGAUAACCUUAGACAUUGAAUCCAGCAAAGUUCCUGACCUCACCCUUAUCGAUCUACCAGGCAUUGCUAGGGUAGCUACAGGUGAUCAACCAUUAGACAUUGAGAAACAGAUCAAAGAUCUUAUUGAGAAGUUCAUUAAGAGACAAGAAACUAUUAGCUUGGUGGUUGUGCCAGCCAACAUCGACAUUGCCACUACUGAGGCACUGAAGAUGGCAAAUAAAGUGGAUCCAUUUGGGGAAAGGACACUAGGUAUUCUGACCAAGCCUGAUUUGGUGGACAAAGGUGCAGAGGAGACAGUAGUGAGCACAGUUUGCAACCAGGUCAUCCCGCUGAAGAAGGGCUACAUGAUAGUAAAGUGUCGUGGCCAGCAAGACAUAAACUCCAAUCUGAGUCUGGCUAAAGCCAUUCAGAACGAGAGGGACUUCUUUGAGGACAAUUCACAUUUUAAGCCUCUCUUGGAAGAUGGAAAAGCCACAGUACCUCUCCUAGCAGAGAGACUAACAAAAGAACUGGUGGAACACAUUGGAAGGUCACUCCCACAGUUGCAAAAACAGAUUGAGCAAAAAUUGGAGAAGACAGCUAAGGAGCUGAGAAAACUUGGAGAUGGAGUUCCUCUAGAGGAACAUGAGAAGAACAACUUCCUCAUUAAGAAAAUUCAUGAAUUCAACCAGAUCCUUUCAGAUGUAAUGAGGGCAGAGGAAGACCUCAAAAACUCAGACGCCAAAGUUUUCACCAAAAUCAGGACUGAGUUUAAGACAUGGAAAUCCCACUUGGAUAAGAAAUCUAGCACACUGGAGGAAAACCUCCGUGAUGAGGUUGAAGAGUACACAAAGACCCAGAGGGGAAAGGAGCUUCCUGGAUUUGUCAAUUACAGAACAUUUGAGAACAUUGUCAAGAAACAUGUAGUGGAGCUGGAGGAACCUGCCACACAAUUACUGACAGAUAUCACUGAUAUUGUCCACACCUGCUUGAAAGACAUCGCGAGCGAUCAUUUUGAAGCCUUUCCCAACCUGCUGAAAGCAGCUAAAGAGCCCAUUGAGGAUCUACGUGAGCAGGAGUAUGAAAAAGCUAAAGAGAAAGUGAAAGCUCAGUUUAAGAUGGAGAAGAUUGUGUAUUGUCAGGAUGGUAUCUAUAGCUGGAAACUACAGUCCGUCAAACAGAAGCCAGAACCAAUCAGAUUUCUGAACAGGCCUAUCAAUGCUGACAUCAGGGAGAUGGCUCAGCACCUGAAUACCUACUUCACGAUCACCUCUGAGCGUCUGGCUAACCAGGUGCCUCUGAUAGUUCAGUAUCACAUGCUACACCAGUACAUCUCUAAGCUCCAGACGGCCAUGAUGGCCAUGAUUGGAGGAAAGAAUGCAGAGAAGCUCAUCCGAGAGGAUUCUGAUGUAGCCCGCCGCAGGAAGCUCUUGAAGGACCGCUUGGAGCGCCUGAAAAAAGCACGGCUGGUGCUGGCCAAGUUUGUGCAAUCUGCCUCAUAACUGCCUUUGGGGAAACUGGAGACUGGAUCUGAUUUGCUGUAUCUGCUCAUAUUAAUGCCCUUUUAAGCAUUUCUGGUCUUGCACUGUAUUUACAAAAAUCGUUCCUGUUAUUCUUAUUUUGUUAACUAUAAAAUAGUUUUGCUAAGGAUUAGUGACAUUAAUGUAGCAAAUGUUAGAAGAUGUUUGAGUUUGCUGUGACGUAAAUUUGAUGUACACAUUCUAGUUCUGAUAAAGUGAUAUAGAGUUUAGUAUGCCAAAACUUUUCUGACUGUGUUGAAAUAGUUUUGACUUUUGUUAUGUCCAUCUUAUGCACUUAAGCUAUCUUGCAUUAAACCUUUUCUGUGUGGAUAUUA